AUGCAAUAUUAUACCUCGGUACCGUUAUACAAUUCUGUGCAGAUGCUAAAGCUUCUUCUCUUUAUAGCUGUUCUUGCAGUUGCCGCGACUGCUGAAAGACGAUUUCGUCCCCAACCAAGGAAUGACGCACCUUUUGAAAAAAGUAACCAGCAGGAAUUUCAAGAGUUUUUUGGGAACAAAGAAAACGAAAUAAACAAUUUCGACAGAAGGCAACGUCAACCAAAAAACAGCAAUGGUUUUCAAGAUGAAAAACUCAAUGAAGAAUUUCCGCGUGGAAACGAUAGGGAUGAAUAUGGAAAUAGAAGACCUAACAGAAGACCCAGCAAAAAAUUUUCGCGAGAAAGUGAUAGCGAUGAAUCUGCGGAAUCAAGAUCUUACAGGUUUCGUGAACCCAAUCAACGAGAAAAUAGACCAAAUUAUGAGCGAUUCCCUCCUAAUCACGGCCACAGACCUUACCGUCCACUCCCACCACUCUUCGCCAACGUAACCAAAGAAGACCUCAAAACAUUUUUCAGUAUUAUGAGAGACCGUAAUCUCACAAAAGAGGAACGAGAUACUAAAUUGCGUGAUUGGGCGGAAGCUCAGGGGACCGAAUUUGCUGAAAAAUUUGAAAAGAUGAAGAAACAUCGUGACGAGUUUAUAACCAGAGCUAAAAAAGCAGAAAAAGAAAUUCUUGACGACGUUGAUGCAAUGAUGGAAAAAAUGAGUAAGAUAGAAAAUAACAUGCAGCUUACAAGGGACGAAAAAAAGAGCGCUGUCAUUUCACUGUUUUCGAGUUAUCCAAGGCCUGUGUCCAAAAUUGUGAAAAUAGUGAAAGCCGAAGCUCUCAAAAAAGCUAUGUCUUACCGUCCGUCAUCGACUGAAGGCGCUCCAAUGGAAACGGGCUUCACAACAACCCCUUAA